CAAACAAACAAGUUACAUCAGGGCCCUCUAUAUACAGAGAGAGUGAGAGAGAGAGAGAGAGAGAGAGAGAGAUGGUUGGACCAGUGAGGCCUCAGAUUGUGCUGUUUGGUUCCUCCAUUGUUGAGCUCAGUUUCAGCCACGAAGGUUGGGGUUCCAUUCUCGCCCACCUCUAUUCUCGCAGAGCAGACAUAGUAUUACGUGGAUACUCGGGUUGGAAUUCAAGGCGUGCUUUGGAGGUUCUGUCUCAAGUUUUCCCAAAGGAUGGAGGAGUACAGCCGGAUUUGAUAAUAGUGUACUUUGGAGGAAAUGAUUCCAUGCUUCCCCACCCUUCAGGACUUGGUCCUCACGUGCCUCUUCCCGAAUACAUCCACAAUAUGAAAACCAUUGCUCUCCAUCUCAAGAGCCUUUCAGAGAAGACUCGUCUUAUAUUCCUCACUGCUCCUCCUAUCAACGAGGCUCAGAUUCAGAAAUCACUCAGUGGUGUGCUGAGUUUGACUCGAACCAACGAAUCGUGUAGAAUAUAUUCAGAAGCAUGCCUCAAGCUCUGUCAAGAGAUGAAUAUAAAAGCCAUUGAUCUCUCGAAUGCUCUCCAGCAAAGACAAGAUUGGUUAGAUGUUUGCUUCACAGACGGAAUUCAUCUGUCGAGUGUGGGAAGCAAAAUAGUGGCGAAAGAAAUAUUGAAGGUUCUGAAAGAAGCUGAGUGGGAGCCAAACUUGCACUGGAAAUCAAUGCCUAUGGAGUUUUCACAACCUUCCCCUUAUGAUCCUGUCAGUGCUGAUGGCAAAACCACCAUUAGUGUCUCUUCAAUAACCUUGCCUUCAUUUAUGGAAUGGGAGUAAUUUCUUGGACUGCUUAACGAAUUGCAGUUUCUCUUUAAGAUUCUCAAUGCAAUUCUUUUGUUUGUUAGGUGCACAAUUUGGAUGCAGUUUCUUAAGAGACAAUGAUCAAGCUUUUCAAUGAAUGAUAUAAAUAAAUCAUACAUAUUUGCUCUGACUUUUUUGUUGAAACAUAGAGCAGACAAUAGAAGGUUUAAUACAAAACUUUGUUCCAUGCUUCUAGUUGACACAGUAUAAUACAAAACUUUUUGAACUUUGUUCCAU